GGGAAACUAAACCGGCCUAACACUCAUUACAUUAAUAAGUUACGGAAUUACAUUCUUCUUCGUUCUCUAGUUCUUCCUUCUUCGUCAGAGAAGAGAGAGAAAGAUGAAUGCUCCUGAUCGAUACGAAAGAUUUGUCGUUCCCGAAGGCGUCAAGAAGGUUUCGUAUGAGAGAGACACUAAGAUCAUCAAUGCCGCUUCUUUCACUAUUGAGAGAGAAGACCACACGAUUGGAAACAUCCUCCGCAUGCAAUUGCACCGAGACCCAAAUGUGCUUUUUGCAGGCUACAAGCUUCCCCAUCCUCUUCAGUACAAAAUUCUUGUCAGGAUUCACACUACAAGCCAAUCUUCACCGACGCAGGCAUACAAUCAAUCUAUCAAUGAUCUAGACAAGGAACUCGACUGUCUUAAAAGUGCAUUUGAGGCUGAGGUAGCAAGGUUCACUAGUGAUUACUGAUCCAAGCCAGUACGAGGCAGUGCUCUGUUUUAUACUGCCAUGGAUAUUUGAAAAAGAUAUGUAAUGUAGUGAUUGAUUAGUUUUUGUGGGUCGAGACUUGAAUGUGUAAGAUAGAUAGCAUGUGAAUGAAAAUCACAUUUGGGAGAUCCACCUUUUGACUGCAGCCUGUUUUUCUCUGGCAAUAGAUGCGACCAUAUCUUUUAAA